GUUAUUGCGCGCCCUUUGAGUCGGUGGGCUCCGGCUCGUGUGAUUUAACCGUUGGGUGGCUGUGAGGAAAUAUUCGUCAAAGUUCGCUUACGUGUUGCAAUACAUUUUAUUUUGUGUCUGAGUCGCAUUUGGACUGGUAAUCCAAACUUAGAAAGUGCUGCAUUUGUCUGUUUGAACGCAAGCGAGCAGAUAAAGUGAAGGAGAGAGAGGGAGGGGGUGGGAUGGAGCGGAGCUGUGGGAGAAGCGAAAGUUGUGGUGACACCAGCGACUCAUUUACCGGCGUCUUUAAUAAGCAUGACAUCGACGACGAGACCUUACUACCUCUUAAGGAGUUCUAUCCUUAUAUUCGCUGUGCUCUCUGCACUGGGUUCUUCAUCGAUGCCACUACCAUCACCGAAUGUCUUCAUACGUUCUGUAAAAGUUGUAUUGUAAAGCACUUUUUCUACAGCAACAGGUGUCCCAGCUGUGACAUAGUCGUUCAUCAAACUCAACCACUGUACAAUAUAAGACCUGACAGACAGUUACAGGAUAUUGUUUAUAAGAUGGUUCCAACUUUGGAAGUAGCGGAGAGAAAACAAAUGUGUGCAUUUUACAAGGAGAGAGGACUUGUGGUGCCAAAACCAGUGGCGGUCCCAGCCAUGCUUCCAACAAAACUUGCGAAACAGAAACAGAAAGACCUGACGGCACAGUCUGUUUUCACCAUUCCUCCUGAACUAGAUGUAUCACUGAUGCUGGAAUUUGUUGGAGCCGAGGAGGGCAUUGAAAAUUACAAGCCUCUGGAGAGAAAGUAUGUGCGUGUAUCAGGUGAAGCUACUAUUCGUCAUGUGGUACUCUUCAUUCAAAGAAAGAUGGAGUUGAGUCCAGAGUUGCAGGUGGAUGUUGUUUGUGGAGAGCAUCUCUUGGAGCAGUGUCAGUCUUUGAGAGAAGUGAGAAACACAAUGGGGGAAAAUGCCCUCCAAGAUGGAAUGCUGGUUUUACAGUUUGGACUUGUGCUGCCUGCUCAGUGAAGAGAAGAUGCAGAUUCAUCCAGUCUCUUGUCUACAGUGAAUGGAGUAAGGGCUAUUCUGAACUUUGUCAGAAUCAUUUUUUUUCUGACUGUUUCCUGUUCAAAAUAUGUUCAAAGCUGCACAUUCUAAGAAAACUUGGAGUGCCUGCUGCACUUCUCUACUUUCCUUGUGCUUUUGUUCGGAUCUGCUUUCGUACAGUUGUAUAUAUUAUAAAACACUAUUCUUUAUGAAAAACUGGAGCGUUCACGCAGUUUUUAAGAACGUGAAAACGAAUGUACUGUUUUUGUAUUGAAAUGCAUUUACUGCACUUGUCAUCUUUUCAAUAAAUACAUGUUUGGUUAUUACUUUUAAA